AUGGUGACGUACGGAUGGCAUGCUGUGCUGGAAGAAUCCAUGGGAAUUGUCGCUGCCCAUACUUAUGAUUUCCUCACACGCAUCUACCCAACCUUCGGUGGUGGAAGAAAUUUCAUCACUGUUCCCGGUUUCUUGGAGAGGUACUUCACCGAACACGACCCCAAUAGCGGAUACCGAGGAUAUGGAACGGCGAGGCGUGCACCAAGACAAGCCGAGCAGCCCUCGUCAGCAUCAACAUCGGGAUCGUCCUGGAGCAGCUGGACCUCUUCGAAUACUUGGAACGGCAGGGGCGCUGGCCGGAGACUCGGUUAG